AUACGCGGAGAUGGCUGCAACAAUACAGCCAGAAGGCGCCGUGCCCACGAUUUCUAACGACAACACCACCUCACGAGCUCGAUAUGCUCACCUCGACCGCAUUCUCUCACGAGCCGGUGCCUUCACCGAUCCUGAGGCCUUCAUCCCAGGCGAGCCCACCAUCCAGACGCUGGAGAACAUUAAAGUGCUGGUCAUCGGCGCUGGAGGACUGGGAUGCGAAAUUCUGAAGAACUUGGCCUUAUCGGGCUUCAAAAACAUAGAUGUCAUCGAUAUGGAUACCAUUGACGUUUCCAACUUGAAUCGCCAGUUCCUCUUCCGACAAAAGGAUGUGGGCUCGCCCAAGGCGACAGUGGCGGCCGACUUUGUCAUGAAACGCGUACCGGGAUGCAAAAUCAAUGCGUACGUCGGCAAGAUCCAGGACAAGGACGAGGACUACUACAUGCAGUUCCACAUCGUCAUUUGUGGGCUGGACAGCAUUGAGGCUCGACGGUGGAUCAACGCGACACUGGUCGGCAUGGUUGAUAUGGAGAACCCGGACAGCCUCAAGCCGUUGAUUGACGGCGGCACAGAGGGCUUCAAAGGCCAGUCGCGUGUCAUUUUCCCAACCAUGACCUCCUGUAUCGAGUGCCAGCUAGACAUGCACGCUCCUCGCGCUGCUGUUCCCCUCUGCACACUCGCCACCGUUCCUCGUCAGCCACAGCAUUGCAUUGAGUGGGCGCACAUCAUUAAGUGGCCUGAGUUACGCAAGGACGACACUCUCGACACCGAUGAUCCGGAACACAUCACGUGGCUCUACAAGCUGGCCCUUGAGCGUGCGAAAGAGUAUGGCAUCGAAGGCGUUACCUACUCCAUGACUCAAGGUGUGGUGAAGAACAUCAUACCCGCCAUCGCCUCGACAAAUGCAAUCAUUGCAGCUUCAACGUGCAAUGAGGCCUUCAAAAUCGCCACCAAUUCUGCCCCCUUCCUCGCCAACCCUGCUUCUCUGCCGCCCGGUGUCGAUCCGGAGACCUACGAUCCCGAUGACGAGUUCACUCCGGCCCCAAACAACUACAUGUUGUACACCGGUGAUAACAGCAUCUACACAUACACCUUCGGACACAAGAAGAAGCCAGAUUGCCCUGUUUGUGGUAAUCUGCCAAAGGAUCUCACUCUGUCACCAGAGAGUACAUUGGGUGAAUUCGUGGAGAGUCUAGCUGAGCGACCAGAGGCACAAUUGAAGAAGCCAAAUCUGAGGUCUGAGGCAAAGUCGCUCUACUACAGCAGCCCUGAUGGUUUGAGAGAGCAGACAGAAGCGAAUUUGAACAAGAAGCUGAAGGAAUUGGUCGAAGAUGGAGAAGAGAUCGCUGUGAGCGACCCAGCACUCGCAGGCAUUGAUCUACGCUACAAGAUUCGCUUUGCAUGA